UUAGACUCCUCCCUCCGUCACACUUUCACCAUCAUCAUCAAGCUUUCUCACACAUUUUCCCAUCUCAAAUUACAGCAGUAUUAACUUUCGUAUUCACCAACUACUUCAACUCGUUUUUUGAAUAAGAACCCUUUGUUCAAGCUCCAGAUAUUGACUUGAAGACUCUAAUCAGUAUACCUGAAUUCUCCUUUUUUGAUCGGGAAGAGGGAAGAAGAACUGAAUUCAAAGAGAGCCAUUGAUAUUUUUUAUUGGAUUCGCCGCAGGGUUUUUGGUUUUCUGCAUCAAGUUUCAAACUUUAUGCAGAUUUCAUCUUUCUGUGAUCUGUAAGUAUUUCGUUUCUUUUUUUGUUUAAUAUGCUUUCUACUAGGUUGCCCACCAAAAGUACCUUUUAAUUAACUUUAUUUUAGUAUUUUUGGCUUAAGGAUUAGCAUUUGUUUGUAGUGUUUUGGUUCUUGUGAAGUUUUGGAGAUUUGGGUUUUUGAGUUAUCACACUUUGUUGUUGAGAAAGGAAAGUAGAUGUGUAAUUACGACUUAGGGAAGACUUGGGGGCAGAAACAAUUUUUGUUCUAGUUCUUCAAUUUAGUUGAUGCUCUAAUUUCAAAGCUGUCUUUACAAAUUGAAAUGCUUUCUCAAUCAUUUUCUGUUUUAUAAUUUGGAACCAAAGCACUUAGCACUGAAACUUGAACAUUCUGGACACUAAUAGUACAAUUUUUCGAAUUUGUUUUGUUAGUUACAUUUGCUUAGUUUGUGGAGAUUGAACUGUUACUUGUGCUAAAGAUGUGAAAGUGGACAGGGAUUCUGAGACCAGAUAGUAACGAUGUCGAGACCAAUGUUGCUGGUGUUUUUGUUGCUUAUCCUGAUAAUAACAUCUCAAUUUGAAUGGAAGCAACAGCUUGGGACUGAUGUUGAGUCACCAAAUGUAUCUCAGAAGCAGCAACAGAUUUCGAAAAGAGAAGAAGCUGUCAAAGAGAAGAUCAUCCUGUCCCAAGAGAAGAACAUUCAGAAACUCAACGAACUUGUAAGAUCUCUCAGAGAACAGCUGCGGCAGUGCACGAGUAGCAAUGACAGUACGAAUGGCAAUCUUAACUCAUUGGGUGAUGCUCUUAUUGAUCUCGACAGACGUCCAAUUCUGGAAGAUUAGGGCACUGGGCUUCAAAUGAUUUUUUCUUAUGUAUUUUCUGUACCAUAAUUAUCGAGAAUCGGACCAAGGAUUUUCGACUGACCAUUUCUUAGUAGUCUGCCAUGAAACAUGAUGAUUGUUUAAGGUCACAUGUACAAACUUGCUGCUGUCAUUGUACUAUAUAGGAAGUUAGAAUCAAAUCAGCCCGAAUCACAACAGUCAACAAAUGAUGUGUAAAAUCCAUUUAUAUCCUUUCAAAAUCGGUUGCCACUGUAUGCCAUGCCUUCUUUUCUUUCUAUUAUCCCAUGCAAAAAGUUCAACAUUUAUUUCGGGACGUAGAGAGUAAUUUUGAAGAAGUGAAAAAUCGGAUAUGCAAAAGAUACGUCUACAUUUAUUCAAAUUAUAUCUUCAUCCUUUGCCCAAAAAAAAAAAAAAAGAAUAAGGAAAACUUUCAUUUUGAUACCUUGUUUCAAUAUUCAUUGAAUGAUAUCUAAAUAUGUAUGGUUUUAUUGACAAAUCUUUAAUAAUG